GAUAGAGCUUCCGGAGAAGGCCAGGCAAGUCAUCUUCCAGCACUUCACUCCUGAGGCUGCCAGAGAUGCAGUAGACUGUGCCGAGCUGGAGUUCGCAGCUUGCAUGCAGUACUCUCUGAGCGGCGGCACCCGUGCUUGGUGCAGCUUGGGUGCUUCAGAGAUGAGAAGGUGGCUGCCGGAUGACUGUCAGAGGUGUGUGGAAAGUGCCCCAGCCGCCUGGAAACAGUACGCCCCCAGCUACAGCCUCCCUGCCGCGCCAGAACCGGGAUCGGUGCAGCCGGACAUUCUGCUGCACAUGAAGGAUCUUCUGGAGCAGGGCGUCCUCGUGCCCGAUCAGUUCCGGUCCGACAUGAAGGGUCGGCUGGAGAGCAUGAGGGUCAUGUCCGGCAUGGCCGUGGUAGAGUUGCUGACCAAGGGCCUUGUUCCUGGUGAGCUCGUUGAGGGCCAGCUGAACUUCGUCCAGGUGUUGUCUGGCGUGGCAGGCAUGUGUGCACUCUGGCACAAGGAGGCCUGGCCGCAGAAGGUGGCUCUUGUCAGUGCGGACGACGAACAAUGGGCGAGAUGCCUAGAUGGACAGUUUCGUGCGCCGUUGCUGCUUGCUCUCCUGCACUCAAAAUCCCACUGGAGCCUUCUUGCUGUUCAGAGGACGGAAGCUGCUGAAGCCCAGGCGGUCGUUUACGACAGCCUGUCUGACGAGACAUGCUGGAACCAUGCUGCUGCCUUUCUCCUGCACCUCGAGGAAAGAGGCUGGUUGAGUCAGCCUCCUGUGCUUCGUCGAGCCGAUGUCCCGGUGCAGCUGGAUCCUUGGAGCUGUGGCCACCGAUGCAUUCUGCUGGCCGACUACAUCUUGGGAGAGGUCAGCAGAUGUGGGGCCCUGCCAAUGACCAUCACUGACUUGGGAGAGAGUGAAGUGCUUGGCCUGGUGAAGUCCUCAAGGCGUCUCCGCAAGAUCAAGAAGGAGUGGACCCACACGGAUCCUUCCGAGCCCAAGAAGGAGCCCAAGACCGAGAUCCGGGAAAUACAGCGGCAGCCCAAGAGUGAGCCACGGACCGCAGCCCCGGUAAUCCCUUCGCAGCCACCAACAAGCGAGCUGCCUGCUCCUCCUUCUCUCAUAGACGAUGAUGGUGGGGACGAUGAGCCCGAGACUCCUGGCAAGAAGAAGCGGACCCGGCAGCAGCUGGCUCAAGACGCUUCGGAAGGCUCCUCUGAUGCUGCAUCCCCUGUCCGGAAAGGUUCUAGGGCCUCCAGACUCGCCGCAAAGGCGAAACCAAAGGUCAACCAGGCCAAGCAGCAUGAGACGGUGAACCUGAAAGCUCUCGAAAAGGAAGGAGGUCGCAUAACUCACGAGAAAGGCUUCACACACACAGGCUUCCAGCGUGCACAUGGUGAGAUGUCUGAGGAUGCUCCACGAGGGCACUGGCGCAGCUUCCUGUGUGCACUGGCCCAGUCUGAUCUGCCCUUGGCUUGCCGUUGCUGUUCCCGUCUGCGGGAAGACCUGCUGGGCUGUGGCGAUACCACAGUCGCAGUGCCUGCGCCUCUUGAGAAAUCAGCCCGGCUGGCUCUGGUGCCCGUGAGCGAGAAGCCGAGACCUCCGACGGAAGAGGCCGACCCUGCCAGGCCAGCCCCGAAGCCCAAGGGUAGGCCCAGGAAGGGCCUGGAGCAGCAGGAGCCAGGGUUUGACCUUCGAAGGUUCCUAGCAGAACACCGUCGAGCCGUGUACACCGAGACCGCUGGCAGUUACACCAAGUCUGUCACCUAUCGAUGCCUCGCCUGCGAGCGGGACAUAAAAUUCUGUCGCACGACAGAUAUAGAAAAGCUGUACAAGCAUGAAAGAGGAGCGACACACGGCAAAGGCCUCGAGAGAAUGGGCCUCGUGGAGGCAAAACCUGGGGCAGUGGAGGACAAGCCCCCCGAGGCUGACGGUCGUUGUCAUGGUGUUCAACCAGAGGCUCCAACGAGUCCAUUGCGACCCAUGCUGGGAUGCAUCCAAAGAUGGGCACAGGCUGGCAUGCCUCGGAUGGUGUAUGCUGCGGAUGAGUCGGACCCGCUCAGGGAUGCCACCUUCGAAGUCUCGGGCGACCUGGUGCACGCGAGGUCGACAAGCUGCAGCGGGCGAUGCUGCACCGUGCAGCAUGCCUGUGGGGCCUGCUUGAAAGCCGCCAAUGCCAAGGCCUUGAAAUCAGCGAUCGGGGCCCGCUGCUACGACAUGGACUUGUGCGAGUUGGCAUGGAAGGCCUUGCAUGAGGGCAUGACGGAGGCGGAGCUGUUCAUCGGCGCCAUGCGACAGCAAGAGUACAUUGUCCUCGGUCUAGCCGGGGACGGAUUAGACGGCUUGGCCCGAGUGAAGUCCCCGCUCCAGCUGGCGAAGCGGAUUCGGCAGCGGUUUGAGUCCAUCCCGCAUCGGAGACUGAGUGCCUCCUUCAAGGACUACCUGUCGACCCACCUGACGAAGGCCCCCGUGCACUUCAACACGGACACGGAGGCAGCAGCACAUACAGCACUUACCUCGGCCUUAUCCACCGCUGUUCUGCAAGGACGAGCACGUGCUCUAGACCUAGAGCUCGCAAGCCGAGUGGCGGCGGGGGCAUUGAGAGGCGACGCCUUGGUCAGUGCUCUCACCACCUCCUUCCUCAUGCAAACGAAGAAAGAGCUGGCGCGACCCGGGAGUGUGCGACACAUCGAUGAUCUGGAGGGUGUGGCACAGGCUCUGCAGGUCCUGGGGCGAACGAAGGAGUGGGACGGGCUCUUGAAAACCUUCAAGGUCAAUCCUCGUGGUCUUCCGAAGACGACCCUCGAUGCCCCUAUCUUCCCACCGUUCUUCGGGAGCCUGUCCUCCCUCGAGCAGUUGAAGGACAGCUUUUCCAGGGCGACGUCCAUACUUCAUGCGGUGAACCGUCGCGUGCAUAUCAUGAUCGACGAGACGGUCUGGGCCCCAAGCUUCGAGCAGGUGAGGCACAUGAGGGACACGGCGGACUUCCUGGUGGGUGGUGCGUGGAAGCAGCACCCGUCUGAGACCAUGCACAUGAUCUCCGCGGACACCUGGCAUGGCAGCAUCCCUCAGGACGAGCUUGCACGCCUGACCCUCCACUUUGUUCAGCGGACGGACAACCGCCAGCACUGGGUGGACGCUUGUUGCUUGCCCCGCUGCCACGGCGGAAGCUCAGCGGAUGAGAUGCUUCGGCUCCUGGGUGACUUCCUGCAUGGAGCUACCGAGGCUUCUGGUGGCCUCCCGCCAGCAUCCGUAGCCUUCGACGGCUCUACCCUCAACAGCCUCGUCAAUGCUCUCUUUGCCGGCAUUCUAGCCGCCGAGUCCUGGUCCGGGUUGCCGUUCUUUCAGCAUUGCAAGGUGCAUCGCAUCCCCGACAUCAAGUAUUGGCCGUUUGGAUUCCUCGAAUACACGUCCAAACUCAAAGCUGCAAGCUUCGUGAUGUGUGGGUUUAACGGCGGGUAUCACGUACAGAAACGGUACAGUCUCCAGAUGUUGUCUUGCAACAAGAAGAUAACAUUCGGGUCGGUCUGGAUCGACCACUCCGUCCUCUUGAACCACGGCCUGCCGGGGAAAAUCUACUCAGGUGCCGAUAUGAUGAGCGAUAAAGCAGCAGUGUUCCGGUUGAGCCCGCCAUAUCUCAAGCGAUCGUGCUUUACACACGGCCUGCACCUAGCAUCAUUCCUGUCUGCCCUGCAAGCCUCUUGCAGCACGGCCAGCCGUGGAUUCAGCAGGCUUCAGCAGACCGAGAAUGCCUUUACGGUCUACUACUUAUUGGCCUUACACACCUGCUUCAACCAGCACGUGUACGGCAAGAAGUGGUCCGGACGAUCCCUUUCGGCGCAGACCAUCAAGAACUGCUGCCUCCUCGCGGCACAUGCCGUCACCUCGGCCUUGAGCCAGAUCGAACCGGCGAUCUGUCAGGAGUACGGGAUCGAGGCCUACUUUUCCUUGCUGAA